AUGGCCGUUCCAACCCUGAACUACAGUCAUUUCAUCUCAGGCACCAAGGAGCAGCGUGAGAAAUUCGCUCAUGACCUGUUAGAUAGCUUUGAAAGAACUGGAUUUGCAAAGCUCAAAGCCCAUGCAUUCAGCACGCAAGAGCUUACGGAGUUGUUCAACUGGGGCCAUAAAUUUUUUGAUCGGCCAUUGGAUGUGAAGAACAGAAUCCCCAAUGAAACAGGCCCUAGGCCUAUGCGUGGUUACACACCAUGGAGGGUUGAGGAGGUUGGAAAACUUCACCAUGAUGCAAAGGUCCGGAUCAUGAAGGAUUCAAAGGAACAUUUCGACCAAGGCCCUGAAUACGAUACAGAGUUCCCAAACAAAUGGCCGCAGGAGCCUGAGCUAUCCGGCUUCCAAGAAUUCAUGGAAGAAUUUUACCGCAAGUGCAACGGUGUUUGUCUGGCACUCAUGGGGGCUCUUGAGGUCGCUUGGGGCAUCGAUGAUGGGUCGUUGGUUGCACGCUGCAUUCCCAGCGCCACAGAUCUCCGACUCACUCACUACCCUACAAUUCCUGUCGAUGAUCUGAAGACGGGUGGAACAAGCCGGAUUGCACCGCAUACCGAUUUUGGCCCUGUCACUUUGCUGUUCCAAGACAGCACUGGUGGCCUGGAAAUCGAAGACCGGACCAGCAACACAUUUGUUCCCCUCCCACCGACUGAUACGACGGAGAUGAUAGUCAAUGUUGGCGAUACGCUGACACGUUGGACUAACGGAAAGAUAACCGGAGGUAUCCAUCAGGUCACUACCCCCCAAUCGAUGAAGGGGGAGAGCGGCUUGGUUAUACCACCCCGAAUGUCGAUGGCCUAUCUCUUCAAGGCUGGGCGCAAUACCUCGGUUGGUCCAUUGCCCAAAUUCCUUAUCAAUGAGCCGGCAAAGUAUCCGGAAAUCACGGCUUUCGAGUUCCAACGAUGGAAAAACAGCAUUGUGUACAAUGUUGAAGACGAAGAACAUGCCCGCACUUUUGAGCGCUUUAUUGAGGCGCCUAAGGCUAUCAAGUUGCAGGCAUAA